AUGAUAGGUUCAAUCUCAACACAAGAUCCCCAAUUUCAAUUUUUCACUUUUUUUCACAAAAUUCCACAUCAUCACAUCAUGAGAUUGCUUUUAACUAAACCUGCAACCGUUUCCUUCGCAAGAGUACGCUUUCGCUCUAUGUCGACAUUAUUUCCACAACCUACAGAAGCCAGAGCUCAUGAGCUCGUGGAGAACUACAACAAGAUACUCGCCAAAGUACACGCUUUAAACCCCAAAACCAGAUUAGUUGCGGUUUCAAAAUUCAAACCUUCAUCAGAUAUAAUGGCGUUAUACUCCAUUGGAGUACGACACUUUGGGGAAAACUACGUCCAGGAACUUGUCGCUAAAUCAGAAGAGUUGCCCAAAGAUAUUUGUUGGCAUUUUAUUGGUGGUUUACAGCUGGGAAAAUGUAAAGAUCUUAGCAAUAGAGUGACAAACUUAUGGGCGGUUGAGACAGUGGAUACUUUAAAGAAAUGCAGACAAUUGAAUAAUGCAAGAGAAAGAAAAGAAGGUGAGAUUAUUAACGUAUACCUUCAAGUCAACACAUCGGGUGAGGAACAAAAAUCGGGAUUCUUGGAAAUGGGAGACCUAGAAGAAACGAUUAAGUAUAUUCAAAGUGAUGAAUGUAAGAAAUUGAAUCUUAUUGGAUUGAUGACAAUAGGUUCCAUUGCGGAGUCAAAAUCUGAUCACGAAGAGAAUAACGACUUUAAGAAAUUGGUUGAAUGGAAGAAAAUCUUGGACAAGAAGUACCAGUUGGACCUUGAAUUAAGUAUGGGAAUGAGCAACGAUUUCGAACAGGCUAUUAGACAAGGUAGUUCGUGCGUCAGAGUUGGGUCAUCCAUUUUCGGUGCUAGACCGCCCAGAUUGGAAAAGUAA